AUGACUAUUACAAACCAGCAACAUCAUCGACCAGCAAUAGAAUGGCUAUCCGAUUUGCAGAGAGCGAAGGUUGAAGGCCUGUCAGGAGCAAAGCCAAAGAUUACCAUACAAGACCUCAUUGAGAAGGUGAACGAUCCCAACGCCCCCGAGCAAGCGCUCAUUCCGACCUCCCCUCGCUCCGUGGAGGCAUGCUUCCGGCUGGGGGUAGACCCCAUUGAGCUGCAGUUUCACCCCCUUGCCUACUACAAGUACACGGGCGAUACGGACGAGAUUGCCAGGAUACGUUACGAAAAGAAUGAACAGGUCCGUCGUGAGCGGAUUAAGUCCCUCAUUGACCUGCGCAAGAAGUUGGUGGACGACGGCUGGUCGGGCGAGCCAGGCCGCCCGGGCGCCUCCUCAGCCAAAAAGGCCGCGGCCGCCGCGAACAGCAACCAAGACGGGCGCCCUAACAGCUCCACAAUGGUUGAAAAAGAGCGGCAACGACUGGACGUUCUCCGGAAGCGGCACGAGCGGGAAAUCGCGCAGAUGAUUGCGCACGAGGCCGCGCGCAAGGAGCUUGCGGAUAAGCAGCAGCGCAAGGUCGACGCCCUGGAGGCGCGCGCGGCGGAGAUGGCGCGACAGAAGGCCGAGCACGACAAGGAGUGGAUGGUGCGCCAGCGGGAGCUUGAGUUGCAAAGGUUAAGGGAGCAACGGGAGUUGGAGCGGGAGGGGAAGCGCAUGGCGGAGGAGCGGUACCGGAGGGAGCGCGAAGCCCAGCGGGCCAAGGAGGAAGAGGAGAAGCGGCUGAAGAAGGAGGCAUACCUGCGGGAGUUGGAGCGCCGUCAGCGGACGGCGGAACAUCGCGCCGAGACCGAGCGGAUUUUGUCGGAGCAGGCAGAGAAGGUCCGGGUGAGGAAGCAGGCGAUGGAGGCGGCGGAUGCGGAGCGGAGCAAGAGGUUGCAGCAGGAGGCGCAUGAACGACAUUUGGCGAAUUUGGAGAAGCGGAAAAAGGCGGAGGAGCGGAUUAACAGCGCACUGACUGCCAACAGCGAAAUUCUGCGCAAGAAGCGGGAGGAGUUUAUCCGCCGCGAGCGGGACGCUGAGGCCCGGCGGUCUGAGCUGGAGCGGCAGGAGAAGCUGGCUAUGGAGCAGCGGCGGCAACAGGAGAUACAGCGGGAGCAGGAGCGCCACCAGAAGUACCUUACCGCGCAGGAGAUGGAGGAGGCGAGGAAGAAGGCCCUCCGGGAACGCGCCGAGGCUAAGGAGCGAGAGCUAGCUGAGCUGGCCGCGUCUCGUAAGCGCGAGAUGGACAUUCGCCGAGUGGAGCGAGAAUUCGAACUGAAACGCCGCCUCGACCGCGUGGACGAGAUCUCCAAGGUGCACCUCUACCAGCGGCAAGCGCUGCUAGAACGCAUCAUGGACGAUUACGAACGGACGCGCCGAAUGAUGCGGGAUCGGCAGUUGCUGAUGCGGGUUCGGAAGGACACUAACAUGGCGGCGUCGAUGCAACGGCAACAACUGUCACAGGCAAUGGAACAGCUGCGGUACGGCAGGUCGUUGGAGCGGUUGGCUGGCGGCAACGGGGCGGUGAAUAUGGAUACGCUCGCACGGCGACCCGCGACGGCGCGUGUGUAA